AUGGACAUUCCGCAAGUACAGGAAGAAGAAAUAGUAGCUCGUCCUGCCAAGCGAAAAAGAGUUGCAUUGGCAUGUGACACUUGUCGCGAACGGAAGAUCAAAUGCGAUGGGUCGAAGCCAGUUUGUAAUCCCUGCAGGAAGAGAGGGGAACCAGCUGCGCGAUGUGCUUACACUGUCAUUGCGGGCACGGCAAAACAGCUUAGUGAACAAGAGUACAUUACAUCACUGCAGAAACAAGUGCAGGACAUGCAAUUGGUGAUAGACCAGCUCCGCCAAGAUGCAGAACUCAUCCCCAAAAGCCCCAGACCCGGUACAAUCCACGCCACAACAAACGGCCCAAGCCCUGUGAGUACAAUGGGCGCCACAACACUCACCCUGGACCGUCAAGAAGAUGAGUUCUUUGGUCAAUCAUCGGUCCACUCCCUUCUCCGGGAGGUUCCUCACCCCGACCGCCGCAGCCGCCGCUCAACGGCCCCACCUCGGAAUCGGGACAAGAGUUCCGCGACAUCACUUCUAACAGCCGAAUUUGCGUUGCCACCAAGACAAGUAGCUGAUAAGUUUCUGGAUCUGUACUUCGAUAAUGUUCAUAUCUUCUAUCCUUGGACGCAUUCUACUUGGUUCAAGAAACGGUACGAGUCCUUAUGGACGUCAGGUGGAUAUCCGGGGGCGGAGACAGGCCGGACCGGCGAUAUUGGCCUGGGAGGAGACCAGUGCCCCGAAACCACCUUCUUUUGCGCUCUGAACGCCAUGUUUGCCCUGGGAUGCGAGCUUUCUGACCUACCGGAGAAGGAGUCUGCCUCGGCAAUGUUCAGCUCAAGAAUGAGAAGCUUGUUGCAGAUGGAUGUCCUUGAUAAAGGCGACCUGUCACAUGUGCAGGCGUUGCUCCUAGCAGGUGACUACGCGCACUCGAGUGAGCACCCCAUAAGGUGUUACAACACCGUCGGCCUGGCGUGUCGCAUCGCUGUGGGACUGGGUCUACACACAGACAAGCAUGCUGAUCAGAGAUCUGCCAUGGAGAAUGAAGUGCGUCGGAGGGUUUGGUAUGGAUGCGUACACCUAGAAAUGGCAGUCUGCAUGACCUUGGGGAGACCACCAGUUCUGCAAGUAACAGAGGGCGUCUGCGUUCCCGCUGCAGUUGACGAUGAGUUCAUUUGCCCUAAUAACACCUCAUGCCGCCAACCGGAAGAAAUAGUAUCACAAAACCUUUUCGUAGUCGAGAAUAUCCGACUAGCAAAGAUUCUCGGCAAGAUCCUGUCAUCGAUCUACUGGCCCAGUUCAUCCUCCGACUUCAGCGCCCUUGUGCGUCUGGACGGUCUUCUUGGAGAUUUUAAAAGUUCUCUGGUUGCCUACGAGUUAUCAGCAUCCCUGCGAGCCGCGUGGGAAGUGGAGGCGACAGGAGCAUGGUGGUUUAGAUUCUUUUAUCUCAUGACCUGCGGCGGUAUUAUCAUCCUCGCCGAGUGUGCUCAAGCUGGAGGAAGCACGCAUUUCAACCAGCAACAGCUCGACGCCACUUGGGAGAACACCACGGUACUUCUUCGGGAUAUUGGCAGGGAAAAUGCCCGAGCGAGGGGAUACUUGGACCACCUGGUACUUUUGAAAGACCAAGCACGGUCUGCUCACUUCUCCAUGCGCAACUCUGUAGUUCCGUCUCGGGCAUCAUCUCCCAGACCGCCUGCCAGCCCUGUAGGUGAGAACCGCGAUGGACCUGUCGCUCAAGCGACAGAGGGGCAGCCAGAGCCCGUUGAUUUCAUGGCAUCAUGGUUUCACGAUAAUUGGGACUGGAGCCUUGACGGCGGUAUGCCCACUUAUGGUGGUCUUGGAUUCGGAGACGAGUUCAUCUUUCCUCUACCUGGUGGAUUAGCUUGA